UUAAAAAAUUAAUUGAAAAAUCUUUCGCCAGCUCAUCAUCACCAUCUCCUCCUCCUUUAAAACGACCCCUCGGGGUAACGUUAUCGCCUUCUUUCGUUUCGCCUUUGAUCUAUACCCUUUUGUUUUAUUUUCGUUUUCUCUCUCGAUCAGCUAAGCCUUGAUCUGAUAAUCUCUUUCUCGCUUUUCAAAAUCAUCUCCUCCUUCGUUUGAUUCUGCUCUGCCCUCUGUUGAUUUUAGAUCUAAGAUCUAGUAAUGAUUCUAUGAGCUGCUCAAUUCUGUUUCGUCGGAUUCGCAUUGUACACUCUUUCUCCGUCGUUUACCUCUACUACACUUACGUUUUCUCAUGAACUACUAAUCGUCUCAGAUCUGAUUUUGUUUAGCUCUCUCUCGAAUAAAAGUUUUCUUUUUUUCUUCCGUUCGAUCUAACUGAUUCUUUGAUAGAUCAGAGUAAUCUAGAAGAAAUAUAUUAUUAUUAUAUUGUUUAAAUUUUGGUGAGAAUAAAAAAAAAAGUCAAUGGGGUCGUUGCAAAGGCAGACAAGUCCUGAUUCCGACAACGAUCCGAGGUACGCUGCCGUCACGGACGAGAGGAAGAGGAAGAGAAUGAUCUCCAACAGAGAGUCAGCUCGGAGAUCGAGGAUGAGGAAGCAGAAGCAGCUCGGCGAUCUCAUCAACGAGGUGACUGUUCUCAAGAACGAUAACGCCAAGAUCACCGAGCAGGUCGAUGUAGCCACGAGGAAGUACGUUGAGAUGGAGUCGAGGAACGACGUCUUGAGAGCACAAGCCUCGGAGUUGACGGAGAGGUUGAGGUCGCUGAACUCUGUGCUUGAGAUGGUUGAAGAGAUUAGUGGCCAGGCUUUGGAUAUUCCUGAGAUUAACCCUUGGCAGGUUUCUUGUCCGAUGCAACCGAUUAGCGCUUCUGCUGAUAUGUUUGAUUGCUGAGGAUUGAUUACUCAUUUGUCUUUGUCCUUGUGUGGUGGUGUUUCGAGUUUUGUUGAAACUAGAGUCAAUGGUCUGUGUGUCAUCUUUAUAAUAUAUUGUUUGUCUUGUUGGUGUUGUUGUAAUCCUUCUAGUGUCGUCUAUUGGAUAAGAUAAAGUUUGUCAUGUAAUUUGUUUUUUUUUAUGUGUUUCUUAAUGUAUUCAAGCUUUGUGUUA